AUGGAUCCAAUGCGAACACAUGCGCCUUUAAGAAGAACAUCUGGACAAUUGCAAAAUUUGCGUGUCGCUACGAUUAAUGAUUUCGAUUCUUGUUACAGGUAAGUGCAGAAAAAUUAAUAAAAUUCGAGAAAAAAUACGGUAGCUUCAAAGACGCACAUUAGAAAUACGUUGGGUCUCACAGCGAUGUGUGACCGCUCCACGUUUUAUUCGAAUUUGAAAAUUAAUUUUUUUUUGUGGGAAAAAUAGCAUUUCCGGUGGCAUUUCUUCUCACGUAAUCUGCAUGUUUUUGACGAGAAAAGAUAAUCCUUCAUUGAUUCCAGUUCCAGCUCGUGCGACGACAUCUCACAUGCAUCGUUGAGUCGCGAAAGUUCGGAUUCGAGCAGAAAUAAUGAGCCAACAAGUAGUGGAAGUGGAAGUGGAAGUAGACCAAUAAUGGCGAAUAAUAUAUAUUAUCCGAAUUAUAAUUAUAAUUUGAGUCAAAGUCCAAAUCAGUUUGCUGCUGGAGGAAAAGCCAGUGAGGAAUUGGCAGAUUAUGCAAUAAAAUUGGGAUUUUCGAUGGAUCAAAUGAGAUAUGCAUUGAAUCAAACUGGUGAAUUGGGACAUGAAGAUCGAAUGUUGGCUGAAUUAUUGAAAACUGGAAAAGGCAAUAGUGAACAUGUUCAAAAACCAAGAAUGCAACCAAAAACCAGCACAAAUCCGGCUGAUUUAUUGAGAACUAUUGUUAUUGAUGGAUCGAAUGUUGCAAUGGCGUAAGUUCUGAAAAUCAUGCUGAAAAUCUCGACUUCUUGAAAAAAUAUUCUAGGCCUCCCCCCAAUCUCCAAACAAAAAAAAAGUGCACUUUGAUUUUGUCUAUGUUGUAUGAUAAAAAUAGGUCUAUUGAUUUUUUGGUCUCUCACACUUGCUCGCACAAUUUUUUUUCUCGUCUUCCUGCGAAUAUAAAUAUGUUUCCGUCUUGGCUAGCAGCAGCGGCAGCAAAAAAUCCUGCCGCGCAGCGCUGCGCGGCAAACAAAAACAAACAAAUAAACUAUCGUAUACAAACAUUAAGGGGGGAGGCUGUGUUCGAACACAAUAUGUCCGGCAAAAAACUGGACGCGGAAAAAUCAGGCAGGAGAGACGGAAAGAUAUUGAGAAAGAAAAAAAAUGGAGAAUGGCAGCAGCCAGGAAACAUUUAUUAUUUUGAUUUUCAUUUUUCCAUGAUCUAUGGAUUUUUUUGGUGGAGCUAAAUUCAUGAUGAUGACGUGGCAUCUCGAAAAUUGCCACGUCAUAACUUCUGCUUUUACAUUCUAAACCACAUUUUUUUGCAGCCACGGCCGCAAGGAAGUUUUCUCGUGCGCCGGCAUCCGCGACUGCGUCAACUUUUUUCUCGACCGCGGACACCGUGAUAUCUACGUGUUCAUCCCACAAUACAGGUAAAACGAUGCUCCGCGUUUACACCUUUCGAAAAAUUGAUUUCAGACGCGAACAACCACGAGCCGAUUCGCCGAUCACCGAUCAGCACAUUUUAGACGAACUCGAGCCAUUUAUCAAAUAUACACCAUCGAGGUGAGUGUGCUGAAUUUUUUGUUUCAGAAAAUUGUUCAUUAAAAAUCACCUGAAAAUGGAUUUUCAUCGAAAAAAAAACCCCCAAAAUUUCCAUUUUCAGAAACAUAAACGGUCGCCGUGUUGUCUGCCACGACGAUUUGUACAUUCUUCGAACCGCUCAAGACAAAGACGCUGUAAUUGUGUCGAACGACGAAUAUCGCGAUUUGACGAAGAAGAAUCCGACGUGGCGAACAUUGGUCGAACAACGACAGUUGAUGUUCACGAUUGUUGAUGACAAGUGGGUGGUUUUGGGGAGAGAUUGCGGGAUUUUUGACCUAGGGAACGAGUUUUUUUUUGCAAAAAUUAUCCCAGAUCAUGUUUUAGCGUGAAAAUUGGUCUAGAAACCUUUACCCGGAAAUGCGAAAAUUAGGGUUUUUAGGCCUAAAAAUUCUGGUGGUCUAGAAUAUCUCCAGAAAUUUUCCACAAAGAAAACACCCUAGAUAGACCAUUUGGCGUCAAAAAAAUCGGCAACAUUUCAAAAAAUGACGUAAUUUUUUGUAGUCUUAUCAGCUAUUCCUUCUUGAAUCACCAAAAAUCAUUUUUUUUUUCUUCAAAUUUUCGAUGAAUCAUUUCUCGAAAGCAAAAAAAAUAGAAACAAUCAUCAAACAUCACUGUUUUUUCUGGCGAAAAUUAUUUAUUUCUCUGUUUAUUUGUGUAUUUUUGGGUGCCUUGUUCACACACAAAUAAAGAUUUCUUUUUUUUUGAGAUUCUACAAGAUUUCUGGGUUUUUAUGAAAAUGGUGUAUUUGAUUUUCUAGGCCACCGAAAUUAUAAUCAAACCUCACUCAAGAAGCUGGAGAAGUGGGUAGAAAAUUAUCCACGUGGGUUUAUUUACAAAAAUUUCCCACCUAGAAUCCUAGGUAUUGGGUAAAAUCUGAAGAAAUUUAGCUACUUUUUUAUUGAAGAAAAUAGAAAAUUCAUGGAUUUUUCAAAAAAUUUCACUGUUUCAGAAUUUUACGAAAUAAUUUUUAUUUGUUAUUUUUUUGAUCCCUCCUCCAACCUCAUAUCUAAUUUUCCCUAUUUUUCUCAGAUUCGUACCACCAGAUGAUCCAAUGGGAAGAUAUGGUCCACGUCUCGAUCAAUUCCUAUCAAAAGCCCAAGUUCUGCCAAGUGCUCAAAUCUGUCCAUACGCACGAAAAUGCACAUAUGGAAAUAAGUGUAAAUAUUAUCAUCCGGAAAGAAUCAAUGGGGCACCAAGUGUGACUGAUCGAUUGAUGAAGGAAAAUCAGCAGAAAAAAUCGCUGUCGGCUGGUAGGGUUUUGGAGUUUGGGGAGUAAAAUUAAGUAGAUUUUGAUGAAUUUUUGAUUCUUGAUUCAGAAUUUUUUUCUUUUUGUUGGGACAACGUAAAAUUGAGAAAGUCUAGACAAAAAAGUUUUGGAAAAUCUAGAAUUUGAAUAUCCUCAAGUUCCACUAACUCCUCAUUUUUUUUCAGUCAAAUCAAUGCAAUACGAAAUGUUCAAAAAUAAGCACUGUUCACUUUCCCGCACUCAAUCUCUAAACAUGGUUCAACCGGGUGAAAUUGCACCAAAUCAUCAACAAAUCCCUGGCCAAUAUUCUUCACCACAUCAACCAAUACAACAUGUAAAUAGUGCACCAUGGCAGCAGCAAAAUCAACAAUAUUUGCAACCGCCACCAAUUCAUCAUAAUAAUAGCAAUAGUAAUAGUAGACAAUCAGUUUCGAGAAAUAGUUCAAUGCCAUUAUCGCCGGUUAAUAGAGGUUGGUGAUUUUUGAGGGGGGAAAAUUAAUUGGAGAAUUUUUGGACGUAGAUUUAAAUUUGAAGAAAAAUGACACCAAAUAAGCAUUUUCAGAUUUUUCCAGCUGAAUUUUUAAUUCCUCUCCAAAUUAGCUCCAAAAGCCUCAAUGUGAAUUUUUUCCAGGUCCAUUUGAAUCUCCAAAUUCCUCCCAAACCCAUCUUUAUGCACCCUCCACCGCUAUUUGGGGAAAUUCGGAAUUAUCGGUUGGACCAUUAUCAACAAGGUGAGUCCAUCGUAAUUGCGAAGCAUCGUUAAAAAUCUCAAUGAAGAGAAAAUCAAAAAAUUACUCCAGAAAUUUUCAAUAAUAUUUUUUCGAAACAGUGAAUUUUUGCUCAAAAACUUACGAAAAAGGGCCCCGCAAACCCCGGAGAGUUUGAAAAUUUACAUUUUUUUUUAAAUUUUCGCGAUAUUUACACUCACUACUUAUCAAAAAAAUCCAUCCAAACAUUUUUAAUAAACAUUUUUUGAAACAGUGAAUUUUUGCUAGAAAAUUUUGAAUUUUUAAAUUUUUAAAAGAUACUAGAAGGGCUUCGCUGGCUAACGCCAUCUACAGUAGUUUGACUCACUUUUUACUAAUUUAUUUAUUCUCUAGUUAGGAGAAGAGGAACAUCAAGAAAUGGCCCAAAUAUUCGGCUUUGAAAGAAAUUAGAACGAUCAGAUAAGAAAAAUGAAAAUUUACAUUUUUUUUAAAUUUUCUCGAUACACUCAAUACUUAUCAAAAAAAAUCCAUCCAAACAUUUUUAAUAAACAUUUUUUGAAACAGUGAAUUUUUACUAGAAAAUUUUGAAUUUUUAAAUUUUUAAAAGAUAUUCUUGGAAUCAUUUUUGAGAUCAAAAAUAUUGGAAUAUACUCGUUUUCGACCCCUGUAAACCCGGAGCAUCGUUAAAAAUGUACAGUUUUUGUUGGGUUUUUCGAAACAAAUGCUCAUCAGAAAGUUUCUCCAAAAAUGUUGAAUAUCAUUUUUUUUCAGAAUUGUGAAAUUUUUUGAGCUCAAAAAUUCCAAAAAUAAUACCUAUUUUGUGUAAACCCGGAGCAUCGUUUCUUUUUUUUCAGACACAAUCUCCCUGAUCAUUUAAUCAAUGCUGAUCCACGUUCCCGUGUCCAAUAUCAUCUUUCCAACAUUUUCCCCGAACAUGUCGUCGAAGCUGUGAUGACUGCAAAUCCAGGCGAAUCAAAUCCUCAAAUUAUAUGCGAAAAAAUAUUGAAUAUGGGAAGAGGAUUCAAAUUGGGACAAUAA